AUGAAUGGGUUCGGCGAUCACGGCCUCAAUGAGGAUGCUUUCAGCGAGAAGUCUCAGCUGCAGGGCGGCUUGAAGACGUUCGAUGCUUUUCCCAAAACCAAAACCUCAUACACGGCCCCCUCCCGCCGCGGCGGCCAAUGGACGGUCCUGAUCCUCCUCAUCUGCACGGUGUUUUCCGUGUCGGAGUUCCGAACCUGGCUCCGGGGCACGGAAACCCACCAAUUCAGCGUGGAGAAGGGGGUGUCGCACGACCUGCAGCUGAACCUGGAUAUCGUCGUGCGCAUGCCCUGCGACACGCUGCACGUCAACAUCCAAGACGCCUCGGGCGACCGCAUCCUGGCCGGGGAGCUGCUGCAGCGCGAGCGCACCAGCUGGCAGCUGUGGACGGACAAGCGUAACCGCGCGUCCGCGCACGAGUACCAGACGCUGAGCCAGGAGGAGCCCGACCGGCUGGCGGCGCAGGAGGCGGACGCGCACGUCCACCACGUGCUGGGCGAGGUGCGCCGCAAUCCCCGGAGAAAGUUUCCCAAGGGCCCGCGCCUGCGGAAGGGGGACAGCGUCGACUCGUGUCGGAUCUUCGGCAGUCUGGAGGGGAAUAAAGUGCAGGGGGAUUUCCACAUCACGGCGCGCGGCCACGGGUAUCAUGAUGCGCAGGGGGCGCAUUUGGAUCAU